AUGGGUCCAGUACCGAAGAGUACUACACUGACUGUAACUGGGGCCCCUGUAGCAAGAGCUAUUCAUGGCACUGCAUAUAUGGCAGCCGGAGAUUAUUAUGACACACUUGGUGUAAAUAAGAAUGCAACUGCAUCUGAAAUCAAGAAAGCUUAUUAUGGGCUUGCAAAGCAGUUACAUCCAGAUACAAAUAAAGAUGAUCCUGAAGCUGAAAAGAAAUUUCAAGAAGUCCAAAAGGCAUAUGAGGUUUUGAAGGACGAAGAAAAACGUGCACAGUAUGACCAACUUGGCCAUGAAACUUAUGAAAACAAUGUUCAUGGUGGUGGCAUGGGUGGUGGUAAAUGGGGUCCUGAUUUCUAUCCAUUUACUGACAUCUUCAAUACUGAUAAUAUCUUCAAUAUUAUCUUUAAUAGGGGAAUGGGCGACAAAGAUGUCAAGGUUUUGGUUGAACUAUCCUUUAUGGAAGCUGUUCAAGGAUGCACCAAAACUCUGACAUUCCAAACUGAUCUGCCUUGUGAAGCUUGUGGUGAAGCUGGUGUUCCUCCUGGAACCAGACCAGAAACUUGCCAGACCUGUAGAGGCUCAGGCAUGAUAAACAAGGUCACUGGCCCAUUCAGCGUCCAGGUUACGUGUUCUUAUUGUCAUGGAAUUGGGAAAAUUGUUAAGAACUUUUGCAAGUCUUGCCAUGGAGAGAAAAUAGUUAGAGGACCAAAGACAGUCAAGAUGGAUAUCAUGCCAGGGGUAGAUGAUAAUGAAACUAUGAUGGUGUAUACGAGUGAUGGAACAGAUCCUGAUGGCAAUCAACCUGGUGAUCUUUAUGCUACUAUCAAGGUCUGGGAAGAUCCUGUUUUUCGACCAGAAGGGCCAAACAUUCAUGUUGAUGAUGUACUGAGUAUCACUCAGGCAAUUUUAGGUGGAAUCAUCCAGGUCCCAACUCUAACGGGAGAUGUUGUUCUUAAGGUCCACCCCAGCACCCAACCUGGUCAGAAGGUGGUUUUGAAAAAAGGGAUAAAAACAAGGAACUCUUACUCGCUUGGGGAUCAAUAUGUGCACUUCAAUGUCAGCAUCCCAGUGGACACUUGUAGUAAACUUCAGACCAAUGUUCUUGAGACCAAAAUGAAGAGCUUGGCAGGAGCAACAUUUUGA